GAGUGAAUGGGCAGCGCACAGUCAGACCUGGUACCCGGAUGCGGAAGAACACGGCGUUUGCCGAUUCGGAACGCAUGUGAUUAGAAUGCUUGUAGGAGUGUGUGUUCGUCCUGUGCACUGUGGAGCAAUGAUCUCUUUCAAUUCAAUCCUUAGACGUUCCCCUUCUCAUAUAAAAUGGUUCACGCACAGUAAAGGUGUCUCUACAUCCCCCAAGUUACAAAGUACUCAGAAGUCAAGUUCACCGCGACCUCCUGUGUCCCUACGUACAAGGCUUGCAGUAACUGGUAUUCUAGGUGGAGGUGCUUUGGGAGUUUGGUAUUAUCUGCGAUGGGAGAAGCAGAAACAGCAGAAGAUAAAGCGCAUACAGCAACUUCAAACUUUGGCCGUGGGCCUGGGUGAUUUCCGUCUGAUAAACCAUAUGGGUCAGUCCUGCUGUAAACAGGACCUGAGGGGGAAAUGGGUCCUCAUGUAUUUUGGAUUUACUCACUGUCCAGACAUCUGUCCAGACGAGCUUGAAAAAAUGAGCUCUGCUGUGUCCCUGCUCGAUAAAGACUCCACGGUGCCACCUGUCUUGCCUGUCUUUAUCACAGUUGAUCCAGAGCGUGACAAUGUGCCAGCUCUAGCAAAGUAUGUGAGUGAAUUUCAUCCGCGUCUACUUGGUCUUACAGGGACCCCUGAGCAGGUGAAGGAGGUUGCAAAAGCAUAUCGUGUAUAUUACAGUGCUGGCCAACCUGAUGAGGACAAUGACUACAUUAUAGAUCAUACAAUUAUAAUUUAUCUGCUUAACCCAGAUGGACUUUUCACUGAUUACUACAACCGUGGCAAAACAGACCAAGAGAUAGCAGAUAGCGUGAAGCGACACAUGCAAACAUACACAUCUGUAUUCAGCUGAGGACAGUUGUCAAGCUAAUAAUUUAGCACUCCUCUUGAAACAAACACCAGGUUUGGUACUAGUUAAAGUAUGAUUGAAAACUGUCCUAAUUUGAGAUUUGAAGUGUACCUUUCAUUGGCAAAUUAAAUCAUUUACUAUUCUGUUUUA